AUGGGCGAGCUCCCUUUCUUCAGGGCGCACACGGCCUUGCACCCGGACCACCUGUGGAUCUGGGAAAAGGCCGUGUAUGUGGACGAGAACCAGCGCACCUGGCUGCCCGUAACCAUCGAGAUAGAAAGUAGCCUCCAAGUCCUCAUGCGUCAGGAAGAUGUCCCCCUGGGGGAUCCUGUGUGCCCCAGCCAGCUGGGCCCAUACCUGCUGCCCGUCAUGUGGCAGCUCUACCCCGGAAGAAGGUACCGAGGCUCAGACUCCAGUUUCUGGCGCAUAGUGUACCACAUCGAGUUCGGCGACACGGAGGACAUGCUCCUGGAACAGAUGCCAGACCCAGAGUACGAGUGA